AACCUCGUGGGAGAGUCGAAGACAACAAAUUUUCAGAAUGUCAUUAUUAUACGUCAAGUUUUUUUUCCUGAUUUUGUCAUUAUCAGCAGCAUUGUUUUGUCAUGCAACUGCGACAAGUAGUGUCGCUGAGUUUGAAGUCGAGGUCAGUUGUCCCAAACCAGAGGAAGGUCGACCUACACCAACACCAUGCUUUUGUCCAGCUCAAAAGGUCGACACUUCAUAUGGCAUGUUUCAUUUUCCCAAAACCGAAGCCACAUACGCGGGGACCGUCACCGUCGCCCCGUGCCCGUAUGGCGUCAUCGAUCUUGGGUUGGAACCCCUUACACCGUUUUAUGUAAAAGCGGUCACUGAAGCGCCAGAAAGUGGAGCCAAACGGAUUUGUAGAUUAAAAAGUAAUCUUGAAAAUGGUGAACUUAGCAACACUGCAGUUUGGGAGCUAGACGUUGAACCUGAACCGAAACGCUGCAGAUCAACGUCAACCUUUGAUGGACUUCGAAGUAUGAAUAAGGCUGUUGAGAACUUUGAAAUUACCCCGUAUAAUUAUAAAGCUAUGUGGCCCAAAUUUCUGCUGGUGAAAUUCUGGGCUACUUAUCCACCGGGCGACUACGAAGCUGCAAGAACGUUAAUUGACGCACUGGGAAAUUUACUCAACAGUUACAAUCGCUACGAAGAAAAACUGGACCCGUCGGCAGCGAGACAGUGUUUUGCCAUGUUGGAUGACUUUACAAAGGAGGUUCCACUUAAUCCUGGUUACAGGAUAACUGUUCCGAGUUCUCAUGUAACUGUUCAGACAGCCCAAUUUCCAUACACUUCCAAUGAAAGCGCUAUAAUGAACUACUCUGCAAUUAUUGACAAUGUUCAACUCAAGUUUCCGUCCGACAUCCUGCGCAUGAGUUUAAUGCAAAAUGUGGUCCAACCGAAGCUUAGAGUGUUGGCAUUCAGUGAGGAGUUAUUCAUCCUUUGGAAGCACGAAAUUGAAGCCAUCCCUUCAACCACAACGACGAGGUCAAUCGUCAUUCCAGAGCACAGCACUUCCACUACCGUUGCACCAAUCAGUCCGGAUCUGGAAAAUAAUACCGGUUUGGCUGGACGUUGGAGAGUAUUUCAAGUUGACGUCCUCGACGCUGCCAUCACAAAUUUAACGUCAGAGUUUGAGUACACAUUUCAACCAGAAAAUGAAGAUGAAAUACAAAAUUACACUUGGAAAUGCGUUUUCUAUGAUGAAGAGGGCAAUUGGUCAUCAAAGGGGAUGACGAGUUUGGUCAACAAGGGAAACAUUACCUGCAAGGCAACACAUUUCACCGCUUUCUCCGUUCUAAUCGACCCUUUACCUCUGCCAAUCCCAGGAUCUGAUUAUGCACCAAUUCAAAAUUCAGUUCAUUCAAACAUCCUUUCAAUUUUGUCGUCAAUUGGCUCCGCGAUAAGUAUUGUAGGAUUGGCUGGAGUUAUUCUGACUUAUGGGCUAUUCAGAUGUUUGAGACGUGAAAGAUCCAACCGGAUUCUACUGAACUUGAGCGUUUCCUUGUUCAUGAUGCAUUUGAUUUCGAUAUCGAGUGGGAAAGAGCUAUGGCAUAAUAAAUGUCUUGUCCCUUCUGUCCUUUUGCAGUACUUUCUUCAUACUUCACUAUUUUGGAUGUUAAUGGAGGCAAUGCACAUGUAUCAACUUUUGAUUUCCGUAUUUGUGAAACCUGAAAAACGCUUUCUCACAAAGAGAUGCCUCGCUGCAUGGGGAAUUCCUCUGGUCAUUGUGAGCAUUUGUGCGGCUGUGAGACCGGAAGUUUACUACACUGGCCGACAUGAUGUGUGCAUCAUCGCCGCACAUCUUAACCUCCCUUUGUACUAUAUUGCAUACAUGGCUCCGAUCAUCAUUAUUCUAAUUGUAAACCUGGGUGUUUUUUGUCGCAUAUUCAACGUCUUGUACAAACAAACUGUAAAACAACGAUCCCAAGAAGGGCCAACAAAGUGCAAGAGUGGAGUCCGUGAAAGGCCUCAUGAUGAGCCUGAAAAUUUGAGCAAGAAAGUUGCAGAAAAUUUGAGGAAAACGAAAUAUGUGAUGCUUUCUCCAACACAAAUCAAGGGUUCUAUAACUGUUAUGAUAUUGGUGGGGGCAGGAUGGGUCGUCGGAUUGUUUGCAAUUGGACCGUUCGAAGUAUUUUUCAAGUAUCUCUUUUGCAUCACCAAUGCCGGACAAGGGGCCCUUAUCUUUCUGUUUCGUGUAAUUCUGCACCCACAGGCUUGUCGAGAAUGGAGAAAAGCCGUACUUGGAUUAAAUAUCGACGCAUUAUCAGAAGCUUCGACGACUUCCACCACAAAUAUCAACAACUCAAAGGCAAAAGGGUUUGUCUCAACUUCACCUGGAUUCAUCUCUGCGUCCAAUUCUGUGGAAAAUUCUUUAACUCCUUCUAAUCCGGAUGCAAAAGAUUUAGCCUUGACAUUGGCAUCGAUGCUUCAUAGCUCUAAGGAUCCACUUAACAACAAUCGAUUUUAGAUUAUGUAUGAAACAUCUUAUGUGAA